CGUGGGCUCCUGCAGCUGGAGCAGCCCUGCCGGAGCUGCCUUCCCCGGCUCCAGCCGGAGCGGGGACUCCUCCGGCUCCCCUGCCUGCACCUUACCCGCAGGCCCCAGCACCAGGGAGCUUGCUGCUCUGCCGCACGGCACCUGCCAGGCCUCUGCCUGCCCCUUCGGAGCUGGCAGCGUCCUGUGCAGGACCUCAGCAACAUGGGGACGGUCAGCGAGCUCUGUGCCUCCAGUUUCCAGGCUUUCCUCUGUCCCUCGGUGGCUGCCAAGGCAGUGCCCAGUGACCUGACCCCAGAGGAGUGCCAGGAGCUGGAGAACAUCCGCCGCCGCAAGCAGGAGCUGCUGGCUGACAUACAGCGGCUCAAAGAUGAGAUAGCAGAAGUGACAAAUGAGAUCGAGAACCUGGGGUCCACGGAGGAGAGGAAAAACAUGCAGAGGAACAAGCAGGUGGCCAUGGGCCGGAAGAAGUUCAACAUGGAUCCAAAGAAGGGCAUCCAGUUCCUGAUCGAAAAUGACCUGCUGAAGAACACGUGUGAGGACAUUGCCCAGUUCCUUUACAAGGGAGAGGGCCUCAACAAGACAGCCAUUGGUGACUACCUGGGUGAGAGAGACGAAUUCAACAUCCAAGUCCUGCAUGCCUUUGUGGAGCUGCACGAGUUCACUGACCUCAACCUUGUGCAGGCCCUGCGGCAGUUCCUGUGGAGCUUCCGAUUGCCUGGGGAAGCGCAGAAGAUCGACCGGAUGAUGGAGGCCUUUGCCCAGCGCUACUGCCAGUGCAACCCUGGCGUCUUCCAGUCCACAGACACCUGCUACGUGCUCUCCUUCGCUAUCAUCAUGCUCAACACCAGCCUGCACAACCCCAACGUCAAGGACAAGCCCACAGCAGAGCGCUUCAUCGCCAUGAACCGUGGCAUCAACGAUGGGGGGGACCUACCUGAGGAGCUGCUCCGGAAUCUCUAUGAGAGCAUCAAGAAUGAACCCUUCAAAAUCCCUGAGGAUGAUGGCAAUGACCUCACCCACACCUUCUUCAACCCUGACCGGGAGGGCUGGCUCCUGAAGCUCGGAGGCAGGGUGAAGACGUGGAAGCGUCGCUGGUUCAUCCUGACGGACAACUGCCUUUACUACUUCGAGUACACGACGGAUAAAGAGCCCCGUGGCAUCAUCCCCCUGGAGAACCUGAGCAUCCGUGAGGUGGAGGACUCAAAGAAACCUAACUGCUUUGAGCUCUACAUCCCUGACAACAAGGACCAGGUGAUCAAGGCAUGCAAGACAGAAGCAGAUGGGCGUGUGGUGGAGGGGAACCACACAGUGUACCGCAUCUCUGCCCCCACGCCCGAGGAGAAGGAAGAGUGGAUCAAAUGCAUCAAGGCAGCCAUCAGCCGAGACCCUUUCUACGAGAUGCUGGCUGCCAGGAAGAAGAAGGUCUCCUCCACCAAGAGACACUAGCAGCCUUUGCUGGCCCUGCGAGGCUGGCGUGCCCCCAACAGCCUGGGCAUCUCCCCUUCCUGGAGGGCUGCGGGGCUGGGGCCACACUGUAGCCAGGGCCCAGGACCCAGCUUCAGCUUCGCAGUUUCUUUACCGUGGGCAGAAGGAGUGAGCACAGGUGUCUUGGUGACUCUGGACCCCCCAUCACUGCCUCAUCUCCAGGACAGAAUCUUCACAGGCUGGAGCUGGAACACGGAGUUGUGCACACAGAGCUCCAUCUUGCCCCAGGCUCAGCUGCAGGAAAGGGAGCACCAUGUGUCUGUACUAUCCUCCCUCCCACCCGUGCCAGCUGGGCACCACAGGCACCCUCCCUGCUUCUGAGCCCUCCAGCAUGCAUAUGGCUGCUCAUGCUGCUGGGUACCCCCCCCAGCACCUGUCCUGAAGCUCUUGGAGUGUCCCAUCAGGGAGGUGACGGCUAGCGGUUAGCAGUUGGUGGUUUUUGGCUGCUGCAGGUGCCAGGGUGAGGGAUGGCAGCCCUAGGGUGGCUGAGGGGGCUUGCAGAGACACGACUCCUGGCUCUCGUUGUAGCGGGCCUAUGUCUGUCCUGAGCUUCUCCAUGCUGCUGCCGUGGACCCCCCCCAGCUGUCCCCUGCACCAGGGAUGGUCCCUGCAGUGAAGAGAGAGCUGAGGGGCAGGUAGUUGUCACAGCAUACAGGUGCCCACAUGGGGCACAAAAAUGUCCUUACCUAUCUGGGGUGCCAGAGCUCAGAUGAGGACCCUGGUGUGGCAGCAUUGCCCCAGCAAGUCAUUGCAGCAGGAUCCCUUUGAUAAGGGACAGGGUAGGUCAUGCCAGGGUGGCCAUCACCGCCGUCCGCAUGAGCCCUCCCUCUGGAACAGGUGGUAGGAUGUGCUUGGAGCCUGUGCCAGGGAUGCCUGCUUACUUUUGGGCAGGAUGUGAUCCAGCUGUUCUGAGGGCUGCCUCUACCUUGCAAAUACCUGUGUCUUGUCCUGUUCCCUGGCCACCAGGCAUGCUCUGGAGAGAGGCACCUGGAUCAGUAUUAGUCUAUUUAUCAGAGGUGUAAAUACUCCUGUAUAGUUUUCUCCUUUUAGAUUAUUUUGUAUGUGGGGUUGUUCUGUGCAGAGGCCUCUCUGGAGGGUGGGGGUGGAAGGAUUUUUUUAUUCUAACUUUAUUUUUCCUUAUUGUUUUGUUGGUUUUUUUUUUUUGCCACGGCCUUGUAAACUAGUACUGAGGAUCUGCAGCAAAUAAAGACUGAACCGCGCUCA